AAGCUCCGAUAUAUCCAUUUAAUAUAUUCACAAGAACAUGAAGAAAAAGAUUGUGAUUGAUCUCCCUCUCAACACCGAGAACUGUAGAUCAAAGGCCAUGCAGAUAGCUGUAAGAAGUGCAGGGGUAAUAUCAGUGAACGUAGACAAGGAAAAAGGGCAUCUGGUGGUGAUUGGAGUAGGGGUUAAUUUUUUCAGGCUGAUGAAGUGCAUAAGGAAGAAAUUCAGUUGUUCAAGCAUUGUGAGCUUGGAAGACGUGAAACAGGAAAAGCCAGCUACUCCCAAAAAACCAAUUUGCUCAAGUCCAAAAUGCCCACCAAUAUGUGGUCAGUACUAUCCGGUAUGCCAACCCGUUUAUGAUACUUAUAAUCCAACUUGCACCAUUAUGUGAAACCGAGCACCACUAAUUAAUAUUCAACCACUGCCUAUUCAUCUC